AUGGCGCAGGUGCUGCCAGCCAAGCGCCCCCAUGGGCUGUCGCAUCGCCACCAGGUGCCGGUAGACAGCGUUGCGUCCCGAAGGAAACGAACCCGCCUAUCUCAUGAGCCCUCCGUAGAACCAAGCGAGGCUUCUUACGCUCAAGAUGUCGUAUCAGACGCCCCUGCUGACGAACCGUCGUCUGCAGAGUCCGAGGCCGAAGAGGACGAUGAGGCUCGCUUCUUCCGUGCCACACAGAUUGUGGAGAAGACCUUCCGAAGAGCCACGCAUGUCGAUAAUACACCCGCGGAAAAUGGAAUUAUUGAAGAGAUCGGGUGCAUAAACUUCAUGUGUCAUGAGCAGCUCACGGUCAGACUAGGGCCGUUGAUCAACUUCAUUAUUGGCCAUAAUGGAAGCGGUAAGAGUGCGGUGCUGACUGCUCUUACGCUGUGUCUUGGCGGUAAAGCGACCGCCACCAACCGUGGUCAAAGUUUGAAGAGUUUCAUAAAGGCAGGCAAAGAUUGGUCUACUCUUUUCGUCAAAAUCAAAAAUCAAGGCUCAGGCGCAUACAAACCCGAUCAAUUCGGCGAUUCUAUUAUUGUCGAGCGCCAUUUCACACAAAACAGUACUUCUGGCUUCAAACUAAAGGAUCGGAACGGCAGAAUCGUCUCUACUAAGAAGUCCGAGUUGGAAGACAUCAUCGAUCACUUCGGGCUGCAGACCGACAAUCCCUUGAACGUUCUGACUCAGGAUAUGGCACGCCAAUUCUUGAAUGACUCCAACGCCAAGGAGAAGUACAAGUUCUUCUUGAAAGGCACGCAGCUCGAAACCUUGGAUCGUGAUUAUUCGCAGAUUCAGCAAGAGCUCGAGGAGCAGAUGGCCAAACAUCAGACGUUGGAUAAGGACGUCAAGGAACUAGAGAGAAUAUACAGUCGUCUCGAAAAGAAGGCACAAGCUGCGCGUGGUCUGGAGAAGUUGCGUGCUGAUGAGACCAAGCUCGAACGGCAAGCAGCUUGGUCAUUUGUUGCCAAUACCGAAGUAGAGCUCGCUGACUGUGAAAACAAAAUAUCAGAGUUGUCCAGUACACUUGAGCAGCGACAAGUGGACGCCGAUACUGCGUCAGAGAAGUUUGCGCGCCACGACAAGGCCGUGAACGAUGCAACAAUGGCUGUGGAGGAAUGCCAAGCCGAACUACAACCGGCACGGGACGAGGAAAAGGAGGCCAAUGCCAACUUUGCGGAGGCACGGAAAAAGCUCAUCGAAUUCAAGAAUAACGAACGCAGUGUGGUUGGGGCGAUCAACAAGACGAAGAAAUCUAUGCAAGACACCCAGUCGCAGAUCGACGAACAAAAGGAACGGCGAGCGCUAGCAGAUGGAGGGCUCCACGAGCAAAAAGCUCGCGAGCUAGAGGACGCAAAGGCUGCAUACGAGCAGCGGAAGGCGGCUUGGGAGAAUCACGAUCAAGCCCUGCCCGCUUUAAAUAGGGAUUCGCAAGAUGCCAAAGAGCACUUGAAGCAAACGAUGACUUUUCUGGAAGACAAGAAGCGCGAGGAGACGCAUAUCUUGGAAAAAAUUCGCAGGCUCGAGCAAGGUCAAGGCAACUGGUUUGACUCAUAUAGAAACGGGAACAACCUGGAAAAGCUGCUACGUGCACUUCAAGACGACCGUAGAUUUCGCGCUCGACCAGUCGGACCUAUAGGUCGCUACGUGGAACUGAAGCAUCCAAGAUGGUCGUCUGUACUCGAACAACAGUUGGGUGGUGCUCUGAAUGCCUUCGUUGUCACAAAUAAGGCCGACCAUGCCAUCUUGUCGGAGAUGAUGCGGAAGUUCAAUUAG